ACUACCACACAUUUUGGCCCAAAAGCAGCCUGUUGAACACUUCACCACAAACAGCUGAAUCGCAUCUCAUUUGACUUUUGGACUUUCGUGGCGAUCGCCAAAUCUUAUCAAUUGUAGGAGAUUGCAGCUGAACGUCUUUAUUUUAUUUUACUUACAAAUUUUAUCUCGUCAAAUAACAAUAGAACAAUGUUCACAUCCAACGCUAGGAAUCUGAUGCGUAGCACCUUGCUCCACCGCUGCAAGAGCACUUUGGUAGUAGCCGAACACAACAAUGAGGCACUUAAUCCUAUUACGUUAAACACUAUCUCAGCUGCAAGAAAGAUCGGGGGUGAUGUCACAGUGUUGGUGGCAGGCACCAAGUGUGGACCAGCAUCUGAAGCUGUUGCCAAGGUUGAGGGUGUUGCCAAGGUAUUAGUUGCCGAGAAUGCAGCGUUCAACGGAUUUACGCCAGAGUCCCUCACGCCACUAGUGCUCGCCGCACAAUCACAAUUCAAAUUUACACAUAUAUUAGCUGGGGCUACAGCUCUUGGUAAAAAUGUCCUACCGCGCGUCGCCGCUAAAUUGGAUGUCUCACCCAUAUCGGAAAUUAUCGAGGUAAAGAGCGAGGACACCUUUGUGCGUACGAUCUACGCUGGCAAUGCCGUUUUGACAUUACGUUCAAAGGAUCCCGUUAAAGUGAUAACAGUACGUGGUACUAACUUCCCACCCGCUGCAGCCACUGGCGGCAGCGGCGCCGUCGAACAAGCACCAGCUGGUGAUUAUGCCUCCCAAUUGAGUGAAUUUGUAUCACAAGAACUUACCAAAUCCGACCGUCCCGAAUUGACUGGCGCCAAAGUUAUUGUAUCCGGCGGACGUGGCCUCAAAUCAGGCGAUAAUUUCAAGUUGCUUUAUGAUCUGGCUGACAAAUUUGGCGCUGCUGUUGGUGCAUCGCGUGCAGCUGUUGAUGCUGGCUAUGUGCCUAAUGAUUUGCAAAUCGGCCAAACAGGCAAAAUUGUUGCGCCUGAAUUAUACAUUGCUGUCGGUAUCUCUGGUGCCAUACAGCAUUUGGCUGGCAUGAAAGAUUCUAAGACGAUUGUGGCUAUCAACAAAGAUCCCGAGGCGCCUAUCUUCCAAGUAGCCGAUAUCGGUUUGGUUGCGGAUCUUUUCAAAGCUGUGCCAGAGCUAACAGAAAAAUUGUGAGCGUAAAAUAACGUCCCUUAUCUAAAGUUGUUAAGUAAAACCGUAGUGCAUUUAUUUAAUUUUCUUUUCGAAAAAAAGUCUACCAUUAUUAUUUUGUAAUUAGUAGCAAUUUAUGAAAUUUCGUUAUUUUUUAUAUUAUGUAUCGAGUAACCUUUACAAUCCUUUAUAAAUAUUUUUUGCUUUAAGAAAAAAUUGCUAAAACUAUAAUAAAAUAUAUAUACAAAUUUA